UUGAUGUGUCUACUGUUUUGGUUAGUGAAAAAAAAAUUUAGUGACUUUUUUUAAUCUUGCCAAACAUACUUUUGCCUUUUAAUUUAUUUAACAAAAAAAUAACAUUUUAGUUGAUCCCAGACAAUGCCUUAAUGCCCAUUUAUAUCCCAUACAACUUGAGAAAAAAGGGACAGAUAUAGAAAGAGAGAGAUCUGAAAUUCUCUGUUAUUUUUGUUGUUGCACAAAGUCACACUUGCAAGCUCUAGCUGGCUCAAGGAGAGAGAAAUAGAAAUAGCCAUGGAAGUGGAAGAUGAUGUGUUUCUUGCAGACUUGAACAAGCAAAUUUCUCUUCUAAUCAUGGAUGAUGAUGAAGACCAAGUCACCCAUUGUCCUUCAGUUUCUCUCCAGGCCUUCACUAGAGCAAACUAUGCAGCUCCAUCUCCCCAGUCAUCAUCACCUUCUACUCAGCAAAUUUGCAGAAGAGUGAGCAAAGGCACUGGUGUGUUCAUCCCACAGUCAUCAUCUCAUAUGAGAAGAAAGAACAAGCAAGGAAGGUUCUUCAGAAACUCAUCCAACACUACAAAGUUCCAAAGGCACUCUGAUGACAAUUCAAGAGGGCCUCCUCCACAUGCAUCUUCAAUGAAUAAUCCAUCUCACAAUUCUUUUAACCCUUCUAAGAGGUGUUGAGUAUCUAUGUAGUGAUGUAAAGAAGUGUAUUUAUAUAAUUAAUUACUCAAUAAUUUCUACUUGUGUUUUAAUAAGGAAUUUGAAGCAUGUAUGUCCAUCUUGUACAUGAAAAUGCCAUUUGGUUCAUGGUUCCUAAUACAAAAAUGUUACGUACUAGGGAUUUUUGUCUUGAAA